AUGAGCCCUGAUUUGAUUGCAAAAAUUUUGGAAGUACCCCGCCCCUUAAUGCCUGAGAAUACCGUUGUGUAUCCUUAUAAGAAAGAGGAACAAGUCCUGAAAUUGGGAAGGUUACUGAUGAAAUUUGUGAUACCUACUGUUUGGGUGGAUAAGAACACAAAUAUUGGCCAGAAAAACCUUGGUUUAAGCUAUAGGAUAUUAAAUCGUAUAGUUUCGUGUAAUAUCAAUCCCAAAGGACAUAAAGCUGAUUUUGGAUUUGACAGAGCUCAACUGCUUUAUGCGAUUGGGAUUGGGGUAUGUAUAGUUCUUCCCCUUUACAUAUUUAACCUUAUUUAUAAUGCAUCUAAAGUGAUGGAUAAAAGGCGAAGUCUUCCAUUUCCCAUUUUGAUUACCAAGAUUUUGAGGCAUAGUGGAGUUGCAUUUCAGCCUGGUGAUGCGGUGAUGCAUGCCAUGAGUUUGAUAAAUGAGGGUACAUUGAAAAAGAGUUUGGGUCAAGCUGAGUCUUCUCAUUGCUCUAAAUGUGCACCCCCGUGUAGUGGCCAAUCUGAUAAUGUUCAUGAGACCGACACGCAGGGUCCAACUAAUUCCGCAAUUGAUAUGAAUAUGGUUGGAGAGAAGCUUCAACAGUUAAUCACAAUGCAACAGAAGAUGGCAUCACAGUUUGAGCAAUUUGAGGAAUACACUAGGGGGUUUCUUAAGCAGCUAGAGAGUAAGAUUGAUGGUUUCUAUAAGAACUUUAAAGAGUAUACAAAGAAGUGA